AAACACGGCCCCACUGAGGAGACGGCAUGGUGUUCGCUAUACUAGAAAACCGGUUUGGGAAGCGAAUGGCUUGUGUGACGGUAUUGUGGGAAGGUGAAUAGCCAAAUAGGUCUUCUGUCGAUUGACUGAAUAUUGCAUACCUGCCUUCACCAACUUCAACGGGUCAGCCGCUCCUACACUGUAGCAAAAGCCCCGGCAGAGAGGGGUGCAGAAGGGAUGCCAUAUUGCCCUCACCCCCGGGAUCUGGACGUACGCGUGUGUUGUUAUUGGGUUGUCGAUAACGUGUCUGUCGCAUCAGCGGGCAUGGAUAGCGUGGUGUAGAACGUAGAUUCCUAGUGUCAAUUUUACCGCAUUUCAAGUGCUUCGCCUGGAUUGUUGGAGAUUUGUAGUGAAAAAUAGAUAAAUAUGAAUCACUUUGGCGGAGCAAGGGAGUCCCUUCAUUACCCAGAUCUGGCACAACGGAUGCAGAUUCAGAAGAACACUUUCACCAACUGGCUGAAUGAACAGCUGAAGUCAAGGAACAUUGUUAUCCACGACGUCAGGACCGACUUCCAAGACGGUGUCAACCUCCUGGCCCUCGUGGAGGAACUACAGCAUCGGAGAUUCGGUGGUGUUCUUAAGAACCCUGCUAACCAUUAUGAGAAGUUGCAGAAUGUGUCAGUCGCUCUUGAUGCCAUAUCCAGGGACGGCGUGCGCAUCGUCAACAUUGACAGUGCCGUGGUCACGGAGGGCAACGUGAAGCUCAUAUUAGGACUGUUGUGGCAGGUGAUUUUACGCUACCAAGUUGGACUGUCAGCUGUGCAACAUAGGCAAUGGAUUCUAAAAUGGAUACAAGCAGUGAUACCGCAGUACCGGGUUAGGAAUUUCACCACAGACUGGAAUGACGGGUUGGCAUUACACGCACUGCUGGAAUUCUGCAAGCCAGGGAUCUGCCCGAACUGGCAUCACCUGGACAGAGACAACAAAUUAAACAACUGUCGCAAUGCCAUGAAGCUGGCGAAGCAGCACUUUGACAUCCCCUUGGUGCUGCGACCAGAGGACCUGUGUUCCCCCGAGCUGGACGACCGCUCCGCCAUCACCUACCUCUCCUACUUCAUCCGACUCAACGCCCCCGGCUAUGUCGCCACCAUCGACUGUGUACAGAAGAGGAUCAGGAACAGGACCAUCACCAAUUUCACGACCGACUGGCACGAUGGACGAGCCCUGUGUGAACUGGUCAAGGUGUCCGGAGGCCCAAUCCAGGGGUGGCCGGAGUUGAGAGGGCCGUCUGUCCAGACGCUACAACAAGGCAUAGAAGGAGGGAGAGAUUUGGGAGUGGAGCCCCUCCUGACGGCAGAGGAGAUCCGAGAGGAAAACCAGGAACAUCUUGGCAUCAUGGCGUACACGGCUCAGUUCCUGCCCUUCACACAAGUCGUCACCAAGACGGACCAGAACCUCUCCAGGACGGAUUACAAUGUCAACAAGGUUGAAAGAGCCAACUACAACACCUCAACAUCGGAAAGGAGAAACUACGAUGUCUCAACAACAGAAAGGAGAAACUACGAUGUCUCAACAACAGAAAGGAGAAACUACAGCUACGGGAAGGCGGAUCACACAGAUUAUAACGUGUCAACAAAGAUGGACAUUAAUCAAAAUAGGGUUAACAUGUAUGAAGACGAGAUGAGCUCCACCCACGCCCCCACCAUCAGCUCGCAAGCGCCAUCCUUCCAUCUUGUCAAGUCACCCGGCACCACCACCAACAACGUCAAUCCCAGAGUCGACCUGCAGAUGGAGUCGUACAAGUUUGAUACAUACUCAGUAGGGGUGAUCAUUGACUCUAAGAUGUCCCCUCCGUUUGACCCCGAGAAGAUCCGCGUGGAGGCUGAGGCCCCGAGUGGACGGAUCAUCAAGAUGACCGGUGACGGACACUACACUGCGCAGUUCAUGCCGUCGGAGAUUGGUCGAUGGCGGGUCGAUCUUUACUACAACAACCGUCUCAUCGACGGCUGCCCUAUUGACGUGUGUGACCCCUCCCAGGUCCGAGUGUGUGAGCUCAAAGGAGGCGGCGUGGCCAAAAUGCAGGAGUUCAAAGUGGACUGCACCCGUGCUGGUGACGGUGAAGUUGGGGUGGACAUCACCCACCAGGGCAGGAAGGUCCCCGUGACCAUCACACAGUCUACUAAGGGCAUGUACAGGGUCACCUACAGCCCCUACGAGGCCGGUGCCUACUCCAUCAACGUCCAUUUCAACAGGGCGGAGGUCAGAGACUCGGACUUCCACAGCUCGGACCCCGAGGAGCGGCAGAGGAAGGCUGUGUUCACCACGACGAUUGAGCGGGAGAACGGGCUGUUCAAGAUAAAGUCUUCCUGUGACUGGGAGAUCGACUACAUGACCGGCGGGCCCUUCAUCUGCCACAUCACCGACUCCUCCGACAUCCAGGUGUACGGCAUGCAGGACGGCACCAUCACCAGCGCUCCACAACUCAUCGCGGACUGCACGAAGGUCGGGGAUGGUCGACUUGAGGCUGAGGUCACACACAAUGGUCUGCGGUACCCUGGCAAGGUGAAGAAGGACAAGCCAGGAAUAUACAGGGUCACCUUCAAACCUAAGGGACCAGGUGUCUACAAGAUCUGGCUGCAUUUCGACGGCCAACCAGUCAAAGGCUCCCCCUUCAUCCAGGAGAUAGAUGAGCUGCAGUCUCCAGUAGCCUCAGGGGAGGGGCUGGAGCGAGCCAUCGUGGACAGACCCGCCACCUUCACUGUCGACCCCCGAGGCUUCCCCGGCAACGUGUCUGUCAACGUACAUGGUCCCACCUACCCCAUCAAGAGUAUGAUUGACCCCCAGCCAGACAACACACUGAGGGUGCAUUACACGCCGGCAGAGAAGGGUAAACACCUCAUCAAUGUCAGGGUCGACGGCAAGGACAUUGAAGAAAGCCCAUUCAAACCUAUGGUGGUUGAUCCCUUCAGUGUGCGAGUGUCUGGGGGGUGGCGCCCUUUCGUGGACGACAAAGGCGUCAUCCCAUUGGUAGUUGACAAGGAGAAGCAGCUUCCGUUUGAUGCCUCCGAGGCUGGGCCAGGGGAACUGACCGCGGAGGUUCGGGGUCCGUCUGGAAAGAUCCCUGUAGCCGUGGACCAGAGGAACGAUGGCAGAAACACCGUCAUCUUCACCCCCAGGGAACAAGGCAAGCAUGACAUUCACGUUCGGUGGGGCGGCUUUCCACUUCAGAGAUCGCCUUACAUGGGCUACGCAACUCACCGACCGAAUGAGCCCGAGCCGGAGGUAUACCCAAACGUCCGACUGGUGCAGGUGCCACUGAAACGACCUGAUCCAGUAUCCCCCAAGUCGUCAUUCGCAGGCUCCAUGAACGGCGACCCCUAUCGAGUGAGCAUCCAUGGCUCAGAGCCUGCCAUCUACCGCCCACCGUCACGACCCUCCUCAGUGAUGGUGGCCACACCUAUUGUGGAAGCUACCAAAUACUACCCACCCACGGAGAGUGUCCCCAUUUCACCCAAGGCUAGGGGGCCGCUCAAGGUGGUCCUCAGUGGUCGGGGACUCAAAGAAGCGAACGUGGAUCAGCCAGCUACUUUCUACGUUGACGGUUCAAAGGCAGGAGAUGGUAUUCCCGAUGCAGACCUCACGAAGGCCAGUAAUGGUAAGCGUGUCCCUGUCCACGUGGAGUCAGUCCGACCCAGGGUGUACAAGUGCGACUACACGCCCAGAGAGCCCGGGGCAUACCUUCUCAAACUCAAGUGGAAUGACCAUCCGCUCAAGGGGUCACCAUUCAGGGUGAAUGUCCGCAGUCCCCCUCAGCCAAAGCGUGUAGCCCUGACCGGCGACUGGGCAAAGGGUGGAGUCCUGGGCAAGGAUCUGGAUCUCAGGAUUGACCCUCGGGAAGCUGGCCCAGGCGAGCUGACUGUCAAGUGCACAGGGCCACGCAGGGAACCAGUCCCAUGCAAACUGAUCGACAACUUUGACGGUACCAGGAGGUUAAAGGUGACACCUAGCACAACAGGAAGGCACAUUGUAGAGAUCAAGUACGACAACGAACAUAUCAUGGGCAGUCCAUAUGCUAUCGACAUCAGAGCUAGCAUCACGCUGGGUGAUGUGAAGGUGUGGGGUCCAGGGCUGGAAGGACCAGGUCUGAUGAACGACUUCCGCUCCCACUUCUGGGUGGACACAACAGGAGCUGGUGCGGGCGAGUUGAGAGUCCGCAUCAUGGGGCCGAAAGGUGCUUUCCACGUGAAGAUGAGGAAGGCCAGUCAGAAGGACAAGCUGUACCAAGCCUUCUACAACCCAGUGGAGCCUGGCAUCUACACCAUCUACGUCCAGUGGUCCGGACAUCACAUCACGGGGAGCCCCUACACAGUUCUCCUGGCUAGGAACAAGGAUGAGUUAUACAGGCUACAGCGUGACGGGAGUGUGACCAGCAACUUCUCCAAACCCCCCUCCCCUCGGGAUGUGUUGUACUGAACACUGCCAAACCACACCGAGAGAUCUGUCACAAGGAGAGCGUAUACCUCUUGGUGUUGAACAUCAGCUAUGGUUAUCAUUGUGCCUACUUGGAUACAGGAAGUUUGAAGCCAAUGGCAUGUGGAUUAAACCUGUACAUUUUUUCUAUGAUUGUGUUACGAGCAAGGGCCCAUCUUUGGCUACUGACCCUACCUAGAUUGUGCUGGGUGGUUGCUCAUUCCUGGCCAAUACUGCCCCAACCUUAAACUUUCAACAAACGAAUCAGAUAAACCUGUUGGGCCCAUACCAGCAACCAGUAAUAUUGAAGUAGUCAAAAUCAAACUCUUAACUUUUGGGCGGUGAGGUAGGCUAGCGGUUUAAGCUUUCGCUCAACACGCCAAAUGCCUGGGUUGAUUCCCCACAAGGGUACAAUGUGUGAAGUCCAUUUCUGGUGUCCCUCGCCAUGACAUUGCUGGAAUAUUGACAAAAACGGCGCAAAAUCAUACUCACUGAUUUUUUAUCUGGCCAUAAAGACCAGUUGCGACCACAUCUGUUUGCAAGUUCUUACAUAUCAGCUGCUGUCAGAGUUUUCUGGAACCUAACCAUUGUGUUGAUAAUAGGUCACCAUACACAGGAACAUGCUUCCUCCCCUGGUAUUCAUAAAGAGCACAUUUGCUGUACAAACCACUGAUAUUAUGAUCUCAAGGGUAUGGCUGAGCAGGGCCUUUAAGGAGUGUAUUGUUGUUAAGAGAGCUGUACGAGUGAUACGCAGGCUUAUUUCCCAAAGAGGACACGAAAUCCUGCUUAAACAACCAUCAAAAUAAUCAUAGACUUCCUGUCCCCAGACUCAACUCAAAGGGCAUAUUCGCUUUCAAGGUGAUUUAUGUUUCUGCCAAAUGUAACUGAAAGGUUAUUUUGUAGGAUUGAGACUAUCAAAACUUUGUCUCUUUGAAAUGGAAUCUCAAUUUUAUCCACAGUAUAGACAAAACAUGCCUUCCAGAUCAAGACUGCUGCCUGGUGCUAUUUAUGUAUAUAUCACAAAUUGGAACCAAUUUGGUCAACUUUACAUACCCCUGUGUCAAUGUUGUGUUUUUUAAGAUUUUUAUGAUUCUUUCAAAUAUUAGUUGUGAUAUGCAGUUCUUGCAGCUGGUAUUUUAAUAUGCAGCUGUUAUUUAUGUACGACAGCUACUUAAUCUGUGAUCUAUGUUUCGAGCUGCUUCUAAUGUAUUCGCAUGGCUGUUCCAGGGACUUCACUCCAUCAUACAUUAUCCAGCUUUACCUACUGGAUCUUUCAGAAUAGAAAUAAAUGUUAUAACCAUGAAUCGAUUCAGACAAAGAAACAUCUUAAUUUCAAAAGCUUUUUAACUGAAAUGCACAACACUCCCUCAGUUUUCAUGAAGGAGUACAAGAUGGGUAGUCUACAGGUAUAAGUGUUGUCUCUACAUUAACUUUACCUGGGUUUAAGUCCCCAUAUUGCGACAAUGAGCGAUGUCAAUUCUUGGUGUCUUCCUCCCCAACAAUAAUAAAUGGUGUUUUUUCUUCAAUUUUCUGAAUGUACCAUUGACAUAUACAUUUUUUAAAUAUUAGACUGUUAAGAGAAUUAAAAUAUAUUAACCUAUUGAUAUUUGUAUUUGAAUUGUAUGCAGGGUUAGGGCCCUGAAGCAGUUAAGCAACUAGACAGUGCUAUACUAGGAGCUGAUGUAUUUACUGCUUUCUUCAACACUAGGUUGGAAGAAAUACUCACAAAAUACGGUUUACUGGUUCCUAAUUUGAUAAUGGUUCAUCUACAAUUGAUCCGAGACGUGUACUAUUCUGAGUUGAUGUAUUGAACAUAGAUAUGACAUGUACUGUUCUUAGUUGAUAUAUAUAUUGAACAUAGAUAUGACAUGUACUGUGGCAGUUCCAGUAGUCUGUCAUUGUAUGUCAUGUUAAAGGUAUGUGCAUUUAGAGACUAUCUAAGCAAGGGAGAGCACUCCUUAUCCCAACGCCACGCUGCUGUACCAUCCACUGAGGUUGUUAGGGUAUCACUGUUGAGUGCUUGCCACGCAAUGUCUCUGUUAAUACAUUCAGCUGAACCUUGUACGAAUACUCAAUUAAACGGUUUAAAUAGGCCACGCUUCUGCUGUAUUCCAUAGUAUUCAGAAACAAAUAAAUAAACUGCAUGAAGUACACCCCAUAAGCAUAAAGAGAAAUAAGAUCUGUGAAUUAUAGCAGCUUAAUAUGAUUAAAGUCAUAUGUUCAACUAUGGUGUUAAAUCGGUAUUGUUUGUCCACAUAGCCUCACCAAACUUGUACUAACCAUUAUGUCGUAAAAUGUGAAAACAUGAGAAACUGAAGAACUGGGAGAUCACAGCUCCUUCUUUCCCAAACAGGUGAAACUACCAAGCUGGAUCCUCCUUGUAAUCAUGUGUCAGGGAGCUGUGACUCAACAUCAGCAUCACUCCAGGCUGAUGGGAUAGCCUGGUGGUUAAAGCCUCCAAUAGACACCACAUAAACAUGGGUUUGAUUCCACACACAGUCCCAAUGAGAGAAUCUGUCCUCACUGUGAUAUUUAAAAUAUGGCUUAAAUGCAGCAUAGAAUUAUACACUCUCUUAAAUUUUAAGUGAAAUCUGAAGUUUCUAAAGAAUUCACAUCAAAAAGGAUGAAUGCCUUAUAAAUAAUAAUGAUUUAUUGUGGUGAAGCUGAAAAUGUCAUUGCCAGGCAUAUUUUUACGGACGUUAGCUAUGUACUGAACACAAGGCAGCUAUUCACUGGAUAUAGCAGUUGGGAGAUACUUAAGCCAAGCGUCCAGAGGCCCAUCCUGAGUGUUGAGGGUUAUAUAGUUGAGUGGUAAGGUGUGCAAUAUAUUACAUUUGGAACGUUAGUAGUAGUUUAGCUGUCACAGAUAUAGCAUGUCGUACUUAGCUACAACAAAUUAUUUUGAAAUAAAGACUUAUUUACAA